AUGACAGACCAGCAGACAUAUAGAACUAAUCAGCAAGCGUACAGACCAGAACAACAGACAUCUUCAUCAUUUUCACCUCAAUUUCAGAUUUUCAGAAGAGAUACAACAGAAUAUGAUUAUGAUAUAGGCGUACCAUUAGAAAUUCAUGAAGAUAACCCUGCUGCAAUGGCAAAAACAGAACAACCUAAAGAAAUUUAUAAUUUUUCAUUUUACGACCAGAAUCAAAAUAAAGCAAAACCUACAUAUUCAACUCCAAAUCAACCACAAAGACAGAUAAUGGAACAGAAUUAUAUAAGACCAUUGUCUCGACCAAAUUAUUCUUUUUCUCAGCAAACUCCGAAACAACAACAGAGUUCAGAGUCAAUAGAAUUUGUUCACUCGUCAAAACCUUUUGUUUCAUACUAA